UUUGGCUGACUCAUGAGCCCGUUCGUCUUGAACUCCCGAUGACGGUAUAGUCAUAAAGUUGGGCUCCAUGCAACAACUUGCAAGACGUUCCCUGAAGCUGACGUGACUCCCGUUAUCCUGGCAGACGCUUUGACAUUAAAGCGAAGCGCGCGUGGGCUCUGCGUGUCAAAGCGGCGUGACGUCGCGCACCUUGGGGGUAGCAGGCAGAGCUCGCGUCCGACGGUCACUUGAUUCGCUUGUCGAGUCUGAGCAGCCAGCCAGAGAGCCAGCCAGAGAGCCAGCCAGCCAGCGCACCCAGCCAACCCAGCCAGCGCACCCAGCCAGCGCACCCAGCCAGCCAGCGCACCCAGCCAGCCGCUCGCUCGCUCUCUGCGUCAUCAGCAUGGACCUUGUGACAAUCGUCUUGCUCUUCUGCGUCCACUUGGCAGAUGCGGCACAGUGCGACGGCGUGAAGAAUAAGGUGAAGUUCUGCUCAGCCAACGACGCCCUCAAAAUAGCAAAGCCCAAUGGUGGAGACGUGGCGUGGCGCUUCAAAACAAAGACGAAUCCAGUCCCAUCAGAAUCAGGAUGGGAGGAAACCACCGAUUUAAAGGGCCCCCUGAAAGCACCGAACACCGGCGUGUACUUUGCCACUUACGGUCAAACUGUGGACAAGUACACCAUCAUUGUUGAUGCCGUGAACUGCCCCGGCGGGGACGAUAACGUUUGCGACGUCACGGCUGGUAAAUCCAUCAGAUUGGACUCCGGAGCGAAUCCAGCGGUCACAUGGAAGUUUAAAGGCAAGGAUGACACCGAAGCUGAUGUCACCGACACUGGCGCUGAUGAUCCGCCCAAGUUCACCGACGAAAACAAGAAAGAGUUGGGCCUCUUCAACAUAGGAAAAGCUCAAAGCGGGACGUACAAGGCCAUGGUCAGCAAUUCAGCCGUCAAAACGUUUACAGUUGAAGUCCGAACUCCUGUCGAUUCUGCUAAAGUGAAGAAGAAAAAUGGCUGCGAUUUGACCCUAGUGUGCAACGUCGUCGGUGAUGCCAAGGAAAUCAAGUGGCACAAGGCCAGCCUAGAGCUCUCUCACAAUCCUCCUAAGACCCAGAUCGAGAACAACGUGUUGACCAUCAGCGCCCUUGAGGAGACUGACAAGGGUAACUACAUUUGCAAGGCCACAGAGUACGGGGGUGGCACCGUGGAUAGCCCCGAGUUCACGUACGCCUACGCAGCUCCCACAGCCGUCUCCAAGGUCAGCAUCCGCCAGAGUGACAAGGUCCUCACUUGUGAGGCCCAGGGUGACGUCCGAAGCUACCAGUGGCUGAGGGACGGAGAAAGUGUCACACCGAGUGACGGAGCGGCUGGCAAGGACAGGUCCAAGUUCACUUUGGCCCCUCAGGCCAAAGGCAAAUUCGUUUGCAAGGCGACCGGCUGCGAUGAGACACUCGUCAGUUCCGAGCCCUUCCCCGUCACCGCCACCGCCAAAGGCGGUGAGACCAAUGAGAAACCCGCUGACGAGGGAACACACGACGCAGCCAUCCAGGGCUUGUCCUGCUCCGUCGCUCUGCUGGUGCUAAGCGUCUUUGUCGGGCUCUACGUGAUGAUGCUGUAGACACGGCGGCCGCCGCCGCCAGCCGGAUGAGAGAUCCUGGCGGCGCUUCCAUUUUUCUUUUUUCAUUCAUUCAUUCAGCAAUAAAAAAAAAAAAAAUCAAGCGCGAAACACAGAAAGCGGAUCGGGAGAAGCGGGACGGCAGUGGCGGCGGCGUUGGCGGCGGCGUUGGCGGCGACACGAGGCCUUGGCGGAAUGGACACCCUCGUCCAUCUGGCUUGAGGGAGGGCAACGCGUGGACGCCUGAGCGGUUGGCCUUCGACUUGUUUGCAGCAGGGGAGGAGGGGCUGAAUAUGAUGGUGACACGUAGCGCUAUCACUUUAUUGCUUAUACUUUACUCAAUUGAUUCCAUUUACAAUUGAUUCUAUGCAUGCUUUGAUUCCAUUUAUACAUUUACAAUUGAUUCUACGCAUGCUUUGAUUCCAUUUACAAUUAAUUCUAUGCAUGUUUUAGCAUUGGGACUGUUGGCAAACGUUUUGUUUGGACGCUGGAAGGUGGUCAACGCGAUGAGGUGAAUUAGACGGUGCGACUUUGAGCGCGGUUGAAUUGGAUGGUGCAACUUUUGCGUUUGCUUUCAAUAAAGUCUUACUCCCC